CGCCCUUCCUGUGACUUCGCCGAAAGGUGUCGCUUUCUUGAGAAGGAAUGAUGGGAAAUGGCUAUGUGGAGGAAGUGGACAGCUGAUGUGAUGUCUUAUCAUUAACCACUGGCAUAAUCUGCAAUGGGUUAGAACGAUAAUCAUGGCAUGACACAAAACGGGUGACUGAAAUAUUGUAAAAUGUCGAAUUUCAUUCCAAUGGUCUCGGCAUCACCGCCACCAUUUGAUGACCAUUCCUUUGGUUAUGAUGAUGAUGAUGACUUUGGCAACUUCACAGGGGCUGGAGAUAGUCAUGAAUCCUCUCCAGACCCGCCAGAACUACCUCCUCCUAUUGAAGCUGACCAUACAGACUCCACUGACGUGGUCAAGGAAAAUAUAAAGAAUAACAAUCCUCUGUCUGAGAAACAAACUAAUAUAAGUACAAAUGAAAAUGCAAAUGGUUUCCAUCAGCAAGAUGUUAAUUCUACAAAUACCUUAGUAAAUGGGAUUGAAGAAGAGUCUGAUUUUGCAGAUUUUGAGCAAUAUGAUGAUAAUCCCGAAAUAGAUGUUAGUUCAAAGAAACCUCAUAUUGAGAACUUACCCAUUCAAACAUCUUGUGAGAAUACUCCAAUAACAAUAAGUAAUCAUGAACUAAAGGACUUACAUGAAUCAAAAGACUCUCUCAGUGUACAAAGUGAAACCUCUCCUGACAAUGGCAGCUGCGAUUCUAGAUCUCCCACCUGUGAUGAUAAAGAUACAGUACCCACAUCAGUUAAAGCUUCAAGAGACUCAACAACAGAUUCAGGGAUGUUCAGCACAGACAUCUCCCCUGUGCCCAAGUCAGAAGAUACGGCCGAGUUCUGUGAUAAGAGCUGUGAAUCUGACAAUGAUGAUACAUUCCCUGAAUUGCCUAGAGACAAAAUAGAAUCCACAGAUAAUGAUUCUGUUUGUGAAUCUUGUGUACCAAAAGCUCCAGUAGAUUCAGAUGUGAUAGCAAAUGAAACAAGGACUAGUCUAGGGUUGGAUACAUGUUCCUCCACGGAUGACUGUGUUAGUGAGGAUAGUAGGGAAGAAAACUCAUGCCUGAGUCAUACCAAGGUAGAGGAGGAGGACACUAUACACAACAAAGAUGAUCAAACAGUGUCCUGCUCAUCUACUGACCAACAGGUCUCCCCUCUGGACAGUCGAGAUAAUUCUCAAGCUCUCUCUGAACAGAACGAAAAGUCUAGUCAGGAUGUUUCCUUGGGCCAUGUGGAGAGUUCUGGUCAGAUUGAAGAUGAGGAUGAUUGGGGUGACUUUGACUCUGCAGAUGAUGGUCUGCAGGGUGAGGACAGUGGUAUGACUCAGGAUCAGGCGUCGGAGAAGGAACAGAGUCAGGUAGAUGAGGAUUGUGUCAGUGGGACCAGUAGUGCAAUUGCAGAUGUACAAUCAGAAGAUGAAUGUUUGGAGGCUAUAGAAGAAGCUUUGAAAGAUUCCACUAAUACAGGGAGUGCUGAUUUGGAUGAACCAGAUCAGUUGGAGGUGAAUAUAGAUAUUGAUGCAGAAAUUCCAAAGAGCACAUCUGGUGUUUCUAUUGAAAAAGAUGAAACAAGUGAUAGUUCUCAGCUUCAGGCAGACUCUGAACCAUCCCAGGUUGAAUGUUGUGAUGUGAUAGAUGAAAGGACGGAAAGUGAUAUCGAUUCAAAGGAACACAAUGAGUUCACUGAAGAAAAUGUUUGUACUGAUGACAUUUCAGUACCAUGUGAUACUCAGGUGGAGGAAUCUGAUGGUUUUGUGGCCGCGGAGGAUGGGUGGAAUGCAUUUGGUGAGUUCUCUGACACUGCUGAUGGUGAUGACAACUGGGCAAAUUUCCAAUCUACUUCACAUGAUCCCACUCCAGGGGAACCCAAACCAAUGGAGGAUGAAGACUUCGGUGACUUUAACACAGCACAGGAUUCCAAGAAAGAAGAGGAGGGUGACUUUGGUGGUUUUACCUCAGUAAGUGAUAAAGACACUGCAGAUGCUGAUGGUGAUUGGGCUAACUUUGAGGAUUGCAAGUCUACAGCAAACCAGACAUCACAGAUUCCAUCUAAACUGCCAGUUCCUGAUACAACUGCCUCACUUUCAGCUCCACAUUCCAAGCAGGUGUCUUCAGAGAAGCUAGAUCACAUCUUGUCCUCAUGUUUCCCGUCCUUGGACUCCGGAGAGACUGAGACCUGCCCAUCUCAGCUGGAGGUUCUCAUCUCGGCUCAACCAGACAAGGGAACAGUCUCCAUGCACAUAUCCAAAACCACUACAGGGAAAGCAAGAGGGCCUGGUGUGGUGUGGCAUUCCCUCCGUGAUCUGGACAAAACAAGUGCCCUUGUCUACCAGUGGACGUCCUCAACUGCUAACAAGCACAUGUUUAAAACCCUGCGCAUUGAUACACAAAAUAUUCUCAUUGGUCACAAGAAACAAUCUGUGCCAAUAUUUGCAUCCAAUAUUGGUUUACUUGAGCCAAUCAGGGGCCCAGUAGAUGCAAAACCACUGCAGCCCAAACUGAACCCAACACUUGUUGAUCCUGACAAGGCUGACGACAACGCUGGGGGAGCCCAGGAGCUUCCUCCUGUAGAGUUUGACUGGGAUAAUAGCGGACUUACAAACCCGCUGACAGCAGAAGAAAGGUCCAAGAUGAAAGCAGUUAAUGGCGAGAACCCAGUUCAACCAAUAAACAGUAGCAUGUCAAAGACGCUAGAUUUGGAUUUUCUGUCAGUGCAAGAGACAGAGAAUGUGAACAAGAACACAGAUGAAUGGGACUGGGUGUUUCAAUCAGAGAUCCUGGAUGCACCCCGGUCAUCGGUGAAGUCCCUGCCUCCGCUGGAAGAUGUCCUGAAGAACAUGAAGGUGACAACCACCACCAGGCGGCGCCGGGAGGAGCAUCUCUCAGAAGAGGCGGGACGGAUAAUAGACUCACUGCCUAUCCUCUCCUUCAUGACGUCUAAAGUUCUCAUGUUCCCUCUUAGACAGGCUGAUGAUUAGUUUAUAGCUUGUAGGUAGGGAUUCUUUAGUACUGGUACACCAACAACAGCCCCCGAGAUCACAGAGCGUUCCUGUACAUCAUGUUAAGUUCACCACCCAUCUGUUACUGGGAGCCCUUGUACAAAGUGAUCUUAGCGCUAAGGUGAUUGUAACUCCCAUACCUUAACAUAGACUUGGGACGAUCAUAGCUCUAAGGUGGUUUUGUGCAACCGCACCCUGGUAUCUAACCAAUCAUCAGGACAGGGCCCUGUUCCACAAAGCGAUCUUAGCAGUAAGAUGAUCGUAACUGCCAUACUUAAACAUAGGCUUACAACAGUCUUAGCACUAAGAUCACUUUGUGGAAUGGGUCCCUGGGCCAGUUUCACAAAAAUAUCAAAGGGCUAUGACUGUCAAAAGCCUAUGUGAAAGUAUGGGAGUUACAAUUGUGUAAUAGGGGAACAAGGCCUUGGCCCACUUGCACAAAGCGAUCUUAGAGCUAAGAUGAUCGUAACUCCAAUGCUAUAACAUAGGCUUACAAUAGUCGUAGCGCUAAGAUCACUUUGUGCAAGUGGGCCCUGAUGACAUUUUGUAUGCAUAUACUAAGAUGAGACAGUUCAUGGUUGCAGUUUCAGACAAGUUUCCAAUUCUUGCUCUAUGUGGGCCCUUGUGUUUGUUGCUGUCUCAAUCUCAUUAAAAUUCAAUAUUUUCUCUAAUUAGAUACCUCUCUCUGUUAAGAUCUGACAAACCCUCCUCCAUUGGUUACUUUCAGUGAACUUCCUUAUCAGCCAGUGAAUGUGGAGGCGUCUUGGUUUCCGCCAGUGAAGUAUUCAGAAUAGAAUAUCUGAAAAAAAGUUUGCUCAGGUUCAUCUGGCAUAACCACAUGGGAAUGUGGUUCAGAUCUUGAGAGAAUGGGAUAAAUGGAAUCUAAGUAAGGAUAAGAUAUAUGGAUGAACAACUUCAGGAGCGAUGUUUCGAUGUAGGUUCCAACACCGUUAUCAAGCAAGUGCUUAAUGGAAUGCUUGCUUGAUAACGGUGUUAGAACCUACAUCGAAACAUCGCUCCUAAUUGUAAUAAAGUUGUUCAUCCGUAUGUCUAAUCCUUACUUUGUACUCCAACUUCUAGAUGCUUCUCAAAGAGGUUCUAUGGAAUCUGAUGAAAUGUCUGAUUUUAAUGAGAUUGGUCUCUGCCUAUUCAAGUGGGCUGGCCCUGUUGGUUUACCAGUAAUGUCUAUUCAUUGAAGUAAUCAUCGAUCUUAUUCUUUCACAGUCUUGUGUAUUAAGUAAUGUCAUGUACAAUUGAGGUCAUGUACAUCAGAGGCAAUAACAGUUGCUUAGUUUUGGUGGAAUUUGUUCUGUAAACCCUACAAUUGUAGAUUGCACUGAUCAUUUAAAGCACACUCUGCUACAUCAGGUUUGUCACUCAUGGAAUGCUGUAGUUUUGUGGCCAUGAACUUUGUCAUAUUCAUAUCAAUAUGCACUUAAAGCAUUUAGGCAACCAGCUUUCAGUUUGAACUGGCAAAGACAAUACUGUUGGCUAUUACAUUACAUUGUCUCUGUGGAUUGGUUUUGGUUGAUCAGUGAUGCUACCCGUAUGAUCAUGAUAGUAGGGACUUGGUGUAUGUUAAAGAUUGACUGUAUAUUUUUGUUUCACUGACGCACAAUUUCAUGUAUUAGUGUCAGCUAAUAUCUGUUACUUAUGAAGUCACCUUAAUGAUGUUCAAUUUGAUUGUUCUUAAAUUUUUUAAUAGUCUUGCAACCACUACAAAUAAAUUGUAUAGAAGAAACUCGUAAACAAACCGGAUACAGAUUUUAUAGGGUGUGUAUAACAUGAACUAUAAUACUGUCACCAUAGCCAUUGGUAGCAAUGCUGCAUAUUAUCCAUUUGUGUCCACAUACAUUAACAGGUUUUUUGACUCGGUCAAUCUGUCGUUAAUCAUGGAAAGUGGUGAUUUUGUGUAUUCAAAUAAUUGAGCCUGCUCCUAAAUUAUCCUCCUUGUUAGAUGACCCUUGGAGUUAAGUACAGGUUUGUUGGUUGACACUUGAAGAGUAAAUUAGGGGUAGUAGUUGGCAUUCACGUGUCUCGAUGAGAAUACAGUUUGGACUGUCCCUGGUUGUCCAGCAUAUCAUGAUGUCCAAUGAUUACAUACCCUGGACCCAUACACAGCCAAAGCUUAGUUGCUUCAUCUCAUAUAGCGCUGACUUAGUACAGAGCUGUUUCUGAGGAGCUUGAACACAACCAAUUACAAUGAAACCUAAUGAAAGUUUGGCAUAGAUGUAUAUUCAAAAUAGAGGCCUUGUUAAAGCCAACCCCUAUUAUCUUUCUCAAAAGGAUUUUACUACGAAUCAGAAUGAACUUCAAGCUGGAAAAGAUGUUUUCUUGAGUUUUAAGACUGGGGAAAGGAAGUCCUUUAACUACUUGGCAUUCAGUUUUAUUUGAGACUGAACAUAGUAACAUGAGUCGACAUCGUUGCUCACCUAGACAUAAUUAAUGUAAACAAUAUCAUGUAAUUUCAUUUGAUGGUUACUCUUCUGGUUGUGUCAUUUCAGCUGGACUAAAAGUCAAGCUUUGGUGGUGAUGGGUCUUGAAUAUUUAUCAUUAUUUAAUGGAGAUAUGAUAUGCGGGAUAAUCGAGGAUGGGGUUUGAUCCCUUAUGAUGGUAUUCCCUGGUGUGAUAUUGCAGGAAUAUUGCUAAAAGCGGUGUAAAACCCUACUUACUCACUGAUACACAUGAUUAAGGCUGUAACAAUUCGAAAGAACGAGGAUAGUAUGAUUGUCUUAUGCCGUUCAACAUGUUACACUUAAGCAUGGUACGUGUGUCCAUGAGGAGAUAUUAGCCUUUUGUAUCAUCAAUGAGAAGUGCUACAGACCAAAUCCAACAAAUAAUCUUUAUUCUGUUAAACAGAUAACUACUCAAUCUGUCUAGUUGAAAAAAACCAACACAUUAAUUCUCAUACCAACGAACCUCCUUAUGUGACAUAUAAUUCUUUGUUUAGAUGCAAUUUUUCAUUAUGAUAUCUGUAUCAUGACACCACAAUAAUUCAUUGAAUCUUUGCCAUGUUUACAACAGAUGCAUUAAUCAUUCAAAUAUAGAAGUGGAAAGUGUCAGUAUUUUAGAAAUAGCCAUGGUUGAAGCAUGUAAGUGGGAACAUAGUCAAUAUUUCACUAGGUUUAUUUGUGCUGUGGGAGUGCUUCUUUCGAAAUGACACUGAUACAAAAAAGUAAUUUUUGCUUUAGGACAAGCCUACAUUUUUAAAGUUUGGUCCAAACAAUGAUUGCUUUGUUGAACUCUGUCCAACCAGUUUCCACUAGAUCUUCCUUCUCUACUAAAGUCAUGGACCAUUGAGUUGUCUUCAUAGCAGGGGUCGGUUUAACUGCUGGCCUGUUGUCCCGUGGCCAGUUAAAAUUACAAAGGGCUUGCUGAAACGUAAAGUAGAUGGCCCAUCUGGCUAGUCAAAAUUUCAUCCCUUCUCCAUGUAUAUUUAAUUUUUUGUAAUUUGAGCAUCAUGGUAGAAUGGCAGCCGGGUGCCAUUUUGUAAUGUAGUGUACAACAACAUCUUUAUUUGCUGAUAAAAUUGCCAUGAAAUUAGGCAAAUGGGAGCCAAGAUUUAAUCUCAGAGUGCAGGAAAAAAUGUUUUGGGGAUGAGGAGUUCUAAAAUUUUCAGAGCCAUUUAAUUGUAGGCCACUAAGUUUGAAGAAGGGCCAGUAACUUUCAAAAAGGAGCAAGCCCUGUUGGCUACAUACAAAUUUGUUGGUACGCGAGUGAGUGAGUAUGGUUUUACGCCGCUUUUAGCAAUAUUCCAGCAAUAUCACGGCGGGGGACACCAGAAAUGGGCUUCACACAUUGUACCCAUGUCGGGAAUCGAACCCGGGUCUUCGGCGUGACGAGCAAACGCUUUAACCACCAGGCUACCCCACCGCCCCUGUUGUUAAGUCUAUCCCUGCAUAGACAGCUUUGGGACAGAAUAUGAUAUACACCCUGACGUACAGCCAAGUUAUAAGGAGAAUAGGUAUGCAGUCAUAUCUUAUUGGACACAUAUCUUCAAAAUAUUUGCUACAAAUUAUGAAUGAAAUUAACCAGAGAUUUUCUUGUUAUAUGGGAGAUGUCCAGUAUCCCAGUCUGAUAUUGACCUUGUAUGUACAGAGAUGACAGGGAAUGUACUAUGUUGUUGGAGGUUGUUACUGAUGUGAGAGAGGCAUGAAUCAGGAAAUGAAACUGUGAUUAUAAACAUCUAUACGAUAUGUGCAAUGUGAUGUAUAUAUAAUGUUAUUUCCUCUCUUGAUAUUGUAGUAGAAUUGUACAGUAUUCCGAAACCCUGUAAUCAGCAUCUUCUCCGUCUUCAAAUAAUACCAUUAAAUAUGUAAAGCCAAAUUAUAUCUAGAAUAAGUCUUUUUAAUAUCUAACCCUAUGGUGUCUAUGGAUGCCGAUAUUUUAUUAAUCAUAAUUCUUUAUGAUUUUCCUAUGUUCAGUUCCAAACAUAUUUUCAUUCCAAUCCCUUCACGUCCCUGCCAGGAUAUAUCUGUGUAACUGCUUAGAGCUUAUUAUUAGUUAUGUAUGUGUAUUUAAUCAAAACAGCAAGUAUUGGAGCAUGAUAUACUCUGUGGAGUUCAUCUAGCUGUGAGCAGUAGAUGUGUGUGACGAGUAUGGAGCGGAAAGAGUGUGUCUUACUGUUUAAGUUUUAACAGAUUUCUUAUUGUCAACUGGGUUCAAUAUGGACUGUUGCUUCAUCUGAUAGCAACAACAUAUAUUGUUUUUUCAUACAACAUUAUCCGAAUUUAGGUAUAAUAUUUCUGUACAUCUUUAAAUGUGAUUGCACAUUUCCUUUACCAAUAAGAUUUUAGGCAGCUUUUCCUGCAGUAAAAAUCAAAAUCAACCUUAAUCGUAGGACAGUUAGUUUGUAUGUGACUUUUGUUAUUGUGAACUGUCACAUUAAUAAUGAUCUGGAAUAUUCUUAAGUCAUUGAAAGAAUUUUCAUCAAAAACGUGUAGCCAUGAUAGUUUAUACAGGAAAUAUUUGUUACAUUUUGAAGAAUUUUGUUAUAUGUUGAAGAAUUUUGUGGAGAAUGUAAUCAUAGAAUAAAUUAUUUGGACCAUAUUAAAGUUUUACAUAGUUUUCAGUAAAUAACGGGUAAAAAAAGUUGUUUUGGAAAAUGUUGAUGGGAACUGAAGUUGUUAUUUCGAGGUUAGCAGUGUUAACCGUCCAUUUUGAAACCCUAGUUGCUUUGUUAUAUAUUGAGUAGAAAUACAAAUCUGCAAAAUCUACCACUGAAUUUGAAAUAUUUGCUGCAGAAUGUUCAGGGGUUGAUGAUGAGAGAUUAUGCACAAUUAUCAUGAUUCCUUCAUGAUUUUAGACUGGUCAGACCACUAGAUUAUUAGUCAGUUCUAGUGAAAUGUUGUGUAUCCCAGCAAGAACACGCUUGUACCAGAUGGUCUUAGAAUGGUCUAGAUCAUGUGGUGUUAGUCGGUGGUUAUGGAACAGUUGCAGCUUUCAUUCCGCUUUAAUAUGUACUAGCUGACUAGAUGCUGCUGUAGGUUCUGUUAGUCCUAUUUAUUGGUUGUUUUAGCAUCAGUUUGUUAUAUGCUUGGUUGUGACUUGUACAUGCUUCGGAAUUAUUUUAUUUCAUUUUUGUUGUAAACUACAAGCAAAAUUCAUUUUGAUGGGUAGAUAUUGAUGUUUUAUCCAGGUUAAUAGGCUAUUUAUUUGUUUGCUGAAAUUGACAGCAGUUGACUACUCUUCAACUUGAAGGAUGGUGAAAGUGUGUUGACCACACAUAUGUACAUUCCUUAGGUAGACUUUCUGAAGAUGGUUGACUUUCUGAAGAUGGUUAACUGUCUAAAGAUGGUUGACUGUCUAAAGAUGGUUGACUUUAUAAAGAUGGGUGACUUUCUGAAGAUGGUUAACUGUCUAAAGAUAGUUAACCUCCUGGAGAUGGUUAACUUGAUGGACAGGUGUCGGUAUUUAUUGCACUGUUGAAGGUGGUAGGGUGACACUGGUGUGGUGGUGUGUUUGUCAUACAGAAUAUCCUGGUGUGAUUCACCAUAGGGUGGAACAUCUCCAUGGCUGCAAAGCUUUCUUAUUACCAUCAACUCUAGAUAUUCACCCACUCGGGCCACACUGUUUUAAUGGGAUGGUUUACAGGGAUGGUUUCCCAACUAAUAAAUCUAUUAAGCUUUUGUCGGUAAAGUAUCAGUUCAGUUUAGUAUCUGAAUAUUUUAUAAGUAAAAAAAAAAGCUAUAGAUUGUGAUUGAUGCAACAGAAUCAACACUAAAUCGGUUUCAAAUGAAUAUAUUAUACUAUUUAAGCACUAAUAAGCUUGAAUUAUCUAUUUCGGAGGUGGUGAGAGACUCCCAGUACACUGUGCAGUUUAUCAGCUGAUGUGUAGAAUUGUAAACUAUUGUGCUGCCAUUUAUAGUUUCAUGCCAUUUUAUAUUUUUGGGUUAAAAGCUUAUCACUUUGGUUGAUCAAUCUGUAAACAAAAAAGUUUAAAAUAGUGUGGCCCCACUAAUAUUGAGAAAUAAAACAAUUAACUUUUAGUGGUAAAGUUUGGAAUUUCCAGAGCAAUAUGCCCGACAUUUGUUCCUUUUGGUGUUGAUAUUGUGAUUUUGAUGGUUCUCACAAUUUUUCUACUGCACUGCAAGUGAUGUUCUUAGUGUGAGAAAUUAUUUCUAAAGUGACCUCAUCAUUAUAGGUUAGGUAUAAAUGUUGUAUUUGGAUGUAAUGUGCAAAACCAUAUAUUUUGAUGAAUGAUUGUAAUCUUUCCCCCCGUAAAAAGCCCACCUUUUCGCUAUGCAGUACUGUUGACCGGUUCUAUGCCUAGUAGAAGAGUCAGUCAUUAUGCAUCAUAUUUAUCAGAAUUAUUGCUGUCACUCUAUUCAAAGCAAUCUACUUUUAAGUCAAUUCUAUCAGUAACCUCAAUAAAAGGAAACAUGUAUUUUCAAAUAAGAUACCAUAUAGUUGUAUAUAGUCCGUUAUAUCCUCGAAGUUCUCAUCACUAAGAGGCAACAGAUGCUUCAUCCUGAUACAUACAUAUUUGUUUGUGAAAGACUAUUUUUGACAGUAUGGAUGUCAGUAUGUCCAAUGUUUACUUGUCGCUCCUUCAGCCAUGGUGUAGAGAAACUUGUUUAUUGACGUCCCGUCAGCAGUGGUGACUUGUCAGAUAGGGAUUUCAGUCAAAUAAAGCAUUAUUGUAUA